CGGACCUGCCUCUAUUUUUCAGUCAGGCGGCACUCAGGGCAGCCCGGGAGGUCUGGCGGGCGAAAGGGCUUGUGGGAAGGGGCCUCUCCUGAGGGAAAGGAGGUAGAGCGGUGGCGGCUGCUGCUGCUGCUGAACAAAAUGGCGGCGAGUGGCGGAGCUGAGGUGGCUGGUGCCGCCGCGGCCGAAGAGGAGCUGCGGGAGGCGGGGGACUCAGAAGAGGAGGGCGAAGGCGGCGGGGGCGAGGAGUCCGAGUCCGAGGAGUUCUCUGUGGAAGGCGAGGAUGAGGAGAAGGAGAACGAGGCCGAGAUCCAGCGCCUGGAGGAGCAGCUGUCCAUCAAUGCAUUUGAUUACAACUGCCAUCUGGAUCUCAUAAAAUUGUUGCACCAGGAAGGAGAAUUAGUCAAACUCCGAAGAGCCCGUCAGAAGAUGAGUGAACUCUUUCCCCUCACUGAAGAAAUUUGGCUAGAUUGGCUGAAGGAUGAGAUUCGUAUGGCCUCAGAAAACUCGGACAGGGACAAGAUCUACGAUCUCUUUGAGAGAGCUGUGAAAGACUACAUUUGUCCGGAAAUAUGGCUAGAAUAUGCCCAGUACUCGAUUGGUGGCAUUGGCCAGGAGGGAGGCAUUGAGAAAGUUCGCUCGAUAUUUGAAAGGGCCUUAACUGCUGUUGGCCUUCACGUGACGAAAGGAGCUGCCAUUUGGGAGGCCUAUCGAGAGUUUGAAAAUGCUAUCUUGGAAACGGUACAGCCAGCAGCUGGGGGCAUUCCAUCUGCUGAUCAGCAGCAGACCAUCUGUGCCCAGCUUGAGAAGAUCCACAUGCUCUUUAGGCGUCAGUUGGGGAUCCCACUGCUGGAUAUGGAGGCUACUUAUGCGGAAUAUGAAGAGUGGUCUGAGGAACCGGUCCCUGAAGCAGUGACCAGAAACUACAAGAAGGCAUUGGAGCAGAUGGGGAAAUGUAAACCCUAUGAAGAGGCCCUGCUAGUAGCUGAGACACCAAAGCUAGCAGAAUACCAAGCCUACAUAGACUUUGAAACGAAGGCUGGGGACCCGGCUCGCAUUCAGCUGAUCUACGAGCGUGCCUUGGCUGAGAACUGCCUUGUGCCAGACCUUUGGGCUCGUUACACUAUGUAUCUGGACCGACAGCUGAAAGUGAAAGACUUGGUGCUUUCUGCACAUGAGCGAGCAGUCAGGAAUUGCCCUUGGACCGUCAAGCUGUGGAACCAGUACCUUCUGGCCAUGGAGAGGCAUCGAGUUGAGCAUGAACUGAUUUCCGAGAACUUCGAAAAGGCGCUGAACGCUGGCUUCAUUCAGGCUACCGACUACGUGGAAAUCUGGCAGGCAUACCUGGAUUAUUUGCGGAGAAGGGUGGAUUUCACUCAAGACUCCAGUAAACAGCUAGAAGAACUCCGGUCUGCCUUUGCCCACGCGACAGAACACUUAGAGCAAGAAGUGGAAGAGCGGUUUAGUGAGAGUGGGGAUCCUUCGUGCACCAUCAUGCAGACCUGGGCGAGGAUCGAGGCUCGCCUGUGCAACAACAUGCAGAAGGCUCGAGAACUCUGGGACAACAUCAUGACCAAAGGGAAUGCGAAAUAUGCCAGCAUGUGGUUGGAGUACUACAACCUCGAGCGAGCGCAUGGUGAUACCCAGCAUUGUAGAAAGGCCUUACAUCGGGCGGUGCAAUGCACAAGCGACUAUCCAGAGCAUGUCUGUGAGGUGCUGCUUAUGCUGGAAAGAAUGGAAGGCACUUUAGAAGACUGGGAUGCAGCUGUUCAGAAAACGGAAAAUCGGCUUGCUCGAGUCAAUGAACAAAGAGUUAAGGCUGCCGAGAAGGAGGCCGCCCUGGCAAAACAGGAGGCAGAGCGGGCUGAGCAGCGGAAGCCGUCUCGGGCGGAGAAGAAGAGGGCUGCCAAAAAGGCCAAGAAACUUAAAGCUGGAGACAAGCGCAAAGCGGAUGAGGGCGAUGGCGAGUGGGGGCAGGAGGAGGAGGAAGCUGAACAGCCCUGCAAGAGGCACAAGAGGGGUGAUGGCGGCGACGGCAACACGUUGGCUGAGGAUGAGGUCGAGGACAUGGAGAUGGAAACUGGAGUCUUUGGAAGAAAUGUGCCCACAAAUGCAGAUUUGAGACCAAAGGAGGAGGCGGGGGCGGCAGCUUCCAAGUGGAAAGAUGUCCCCAAAAUCUUCCACGACAGCGAGAAAGACAACGUCACGGUCUUUGUCAGCAACCUCUCCUACAGCAUGGCGGAGCCCGAGGUGAAGCUGAAGGAUCUCUUUGCAAACUGUGGGGAGGUGACGGAAGUCCGCCCCAUCUUUAGCAACAAAGGGACUUUCCGGGGCUACUGUUAUGUGGAGUUUAAGGAUGAGAAGGCUGCUCUGCAAGCUUUUGGCCUGGAUCGGAAAACCGUUGAGGGGAGACCAAUGUUCGUUUCUCCGUGCGUCGACAAGAACAAGAAUCCAGAUUUUAAGGUGUUCAAGUAUAGCACUGCCCUGGAGAAACACAAGCUCUUCAUCUCUGGCUUGCCUUUUUCCUGUACUAAGGAGGAGCUGGACGAGAUGUGCAAAGCCCAUGGGAACGUGAAGGAUAUCCGACUGGUCACAAACCGAGCUGGUAAACCCAAGGGCCUGGCCUAUGUGGAAUUUGAGAAUGAAACACAGGCCUCCCAAGCAGUGAUGAAAAUGGAUGGCCUGACUAUCAAAGAUCAUGUUAUUAAGGUGGCAAUCAGUAACCCACCUGUUCGAAGGUUUCCUGAAAAGUCUGAGGCUGCAGGGAGAGCAUCUCAGUCCCUGGUCCCCCGGCAGAUCUAUGGCGCCCGGGGCAAGGGGAGAACCCAGCUCUCGAUGAUGGUCCCUCGUGCGUUACAGCGCCAAAGCGCCCCUGUGGCCAAGGCAGAGAAUGGAAUGGUCCAGAACCCACCAGCCCCAUCCCUGCCCAUAGAGGAGCCCAAGAAGAUGUCCAAUGCAGACUUUGCCAGGCUGCUUCUGAACAAGUGAAUGAGUUGCAGUGACCAGCAGGGCAGGGGGGGUGCGAAGUGCCGCCUUGGGAGCCACACUGUGUUCCUGCGUACUGGCAAGAGAAGCGCCACCUGUCGCUCCUCCUCUGGACUUCCAUACCUACAAAACUAUACAGAGCUGGGAGCUGCUGAAAUGGAAUGGUCUGCUUUUUCUCUGAGAAUCAGAGGGCAAAGAUGUUGCAUUUGGGGCUUUUGGGGAGGGUGGGCAAAUCCUGGUUAAAAUGGCUUUAAAUGUUCCCUCAUAUUGAGGGAUGUGAUGUGGUGAGAACUCACUUGAGAGGUAGGGUACACAACAUGAUGUUCCAUGGAGGUUUUUCCUUUAAAAAAAACUUUUUAACAAAUGAGAAGUUUAUAAUGUGAAAGCUUAUUGCUGUUAGUUUGUAUAAAUCCUACGGCAGGCACAGAUCCAGUUGGACAGGGCAACUUCUCUAUCUAAUAGGCAGUACACUUUGCAGACACUUGCUGUCAGAUUUGUGGCACUACCCAUCUCCUCCUCCUGUAUAAAGUUGUUAUAAAUAGCAGAUGCUAGUAACUUCACCAUAAUGGCCUAUUUUAGUACUGGGGUGCAGGGGUAGGAAUUUAUAUUGAACCUGUACUGACCAUUUGCUCAAGUUGGUCUGUUUUUUUAAAGAUCUAUAUCUAUAUAUAUUUGUGUAUUUGUAAAUGAUGUGCCAGACCAUUAUUUUUCAGCUUUGUUUGACACAAUACUAUAAGAACUGCCUGUCAACUUGGAUGUGCUGCUUCUGUGGACCAUUUGGCAUUUUUGUUCUGCCAAACAUCUGUACUUAUUUAUAUCCCGGCUCAGUUUUUGCUUUGUUUUCUGAUUACUAUUUUUUGCUUCAGUUUUUUCCCUUGGUUUUAUACACAAUGUGAAGUGUGAGUUUACGUUCCUCCUUUGGGUUCAUUAAAGCAAGUCUUGAGAGCUGCCUGGUUAUUGUUGCUUACAUGAAUGUUAUUGGG